AAGCACAACCACUUUCAUGUUCUGUCUUACUUUCAUUAUCAUCAAGUCACUAGUGUCGACGAGUCGUUUACACUUCACUAAAGGGUACAUUUACGAGCAUAGAAAAAUGGAUUCAGCUACAAGCAACACUCAUUAUCUACACUAUGACAUUAUUCUCCUUGGAAAAACAGGAUCAGGAAAAAGUGCUUCAGGAAACACCAUACUAGGAAAAAACUCUUUUUUUUCCAAGAAGACAUUUAAAUCUGUAACUCAGGAUGUUAUGAUGGAGAGAGUCAUUUUUAACGGAGUGACUCUUGAUGUCUCCGACACACCAGGACUCUUUAAUACAGAAACAAGUGAUGAAAAUGUUUUAGCUAAAUGGCAGCCUCUGCUCCAGCGAGAUGAAGCAACCUGCACUGUGAUUCUGUUGGUGAUAAACAUAGGCAGAUUUACACAAGAAGAUAAAGAAGCUGUUCUUCUGAUUGAGGACUUUAUACCAGAAAGACUCGUCCAAAACACAUGGAUCCUCUUCACCAGAGGAGACGAGCUGGAGAGUGAAGAUCUCACUAUAGAGCAGUUUAUAGAAGACACAGAAGAACUGAAGAAACUGGUGCAGAAAUUUCACAACAGAUAUCAUGUCUUUAACAACAACUCUCAAAGUCCAAAUCAAGUCCAAAAGUUAAUUAAUAAAAUAAAAGAGACUGCACAAAUCGUCUCUUCAGAGAUAGGACUACCAGACCCUGAAGAUCCUCUUCAUAGGAGACUCGUGCUGGUGGGGAAGACUGGUUUUGGGAAGAGCGCUACAGGAAACACUAUCCUGGGAGGGGCGAGAUUCAGAUCUGAGAUUGGUUCAUUGUCUGUAACAUCAACAAGUGAAAUGCAACAGGAUGUAGUUUUAAGGAGGACUGUGUCUGUGAUUGACACCCCAGGGUUAUUCGACACAACAAAAUCCCGUGAGGAGUUAAGUGUGGAGAUAGGGAGGAGUAUUUAUCUGUCCAGUCCAGGACCUCAUGCUUUCCUUUACAUCCAGCCCAUUAACAUCAGGUUCACUGAACAGGAGGAAGAUCUUAUAGAGAAAUUAGAGGAGAUUUUUGGAAGAGAGAUGAAAAAAUACACAAUGAUUCUCUUUACUCAUGGAGACCAGUUAGAGGGGAAGUCUGUGGAUAUGGUGAUUCAGCAGAACAAAUCUCUCAGCAGUCUAGUUAAGCAGUGUGGAGGUAGAUAUCACAUCUUCAACAAUAAAGACAAGAGAAACCGAGAGCAGGUCGCUGAGCUACUGGAGAAGAUAGACAGAAUGGUGGAGAACAAUGGAGGAACCUGUUACUCCAAUGAGAUGUAUAAGGAAGCAGCAAGACUCAGGAGAAAUAUUAACGGGUUUAAGGAGUUUUACAAAAAUAAUGAGAAAUAUUUGCUUAUUGCUGGUGGUAUUGGAUGUGGAGGUGGAACUCUAUUUGGAUGUGUAAUAGGAGCUGUAGUGGGUAGUGCUGUUGCAGGUCCUGUAGGUGCAGGUAUUGGUGCAGGCAUUGGCACAGGUAUUGGUGUUAUCAUUGGCGCAGGCAUUAGUGUUGGCACAGGUAUUGUUUUAUGUAGAAAUGCAGACCAAAAUAAUCAGAGAAGUCAAAGCACAGAGAGACAGAGUGCACCAGACAGUGAUGGUGGACAUGAAUCACCUGAUUCGGAGUACGUGCUCUUUGAAGACACUUCAGAGACAUCUCGCUUGAUCCAUAGCUCUAAUAUCAGGCAAAGGUCAACAGGUGGGAGAUAUCACAAUCAGGAAUAAACUAGGAAAGUCACAGUGACAUUUAUAACAUUAUUUUGGUACAUUUUCUGUGGAUGUAUUCAUAAUACAAUAAGUCACGAUUCUACAUCUGUUCAGUUCUUUACAUGAAAAUGACUGGUGUAUGUGGAUCAUGUUAAAUCAUGGUGUAUUUCAUUCUUGUUCAAUCUACACUGAUCAUUUACAAUUAAAAAUUAAAAAGAGGUUAUAUUACAUUUCUCACCUAUUUGCUUAUGUUAAAUUUCAGCAUAUCAUAUUACUCAUUGGGAAAUUGUGCAGUAGUGUAUGCAGUAGCCUGUCAGCAAUAUAGUGGAUUUGAUUCAUCAAUCUUUUAAGAUCUUUUAGAAUUUCUGAUCGUUUUGAACAGCAUUUGAACACAUUACAUAACAUUCUAGGAAUAUCUGUCUUUUUUUUUAGUCCAUAUAUUCUUUAAUUUGAGAGAAAUAACAAUUUUAAUUUCAAGAAACACAAAUAUGCAUGUAUCAUAUGACAGAGCUUUUUGUUUGUUAAUGUAAUAAAAGUAGUGUUUUGAUCCAAA